CGUGAUAACACCCCUGUUUCCCCAUCCCUGUAGGAGCUGGCGUGAGGGCUGCCUGCUGUCUCCCCUCCAUUAGCCACAGCUAUUGGAUUUCCCACCCAGAAUCUUUAGGUAAAUGAGAUCAUGAUUCUGGAAAGCGGCGGUGUAAUGAAUCUCAACCCCAGCAACAACCUCCUCCACCAGCAGCCAGCCUGGACAGACAGCUAUGCCACAUGCACCGUUUCCAGUGGGUUUUUCGGAAGCCAGUGGCAUGAAAUCCAUCCUCAGUACUGGACCAAGUACCAGGUGUGGGAAUGGCUCCAGCACCUCCUGGACACCAACCAGCUGGAUGCCAGCUGCAUACCUUUCCAGGAGUUUGACAUCAAUGGCGAGCACCUUUGCAGCAUGAACUUGCAGGAGUUCACCAGGGCGGCGGGGACCGCAGGCCAAGUCCUCUACAGCAACUUGCAGCAUCUCAAGUGGAACGGCCAAUGCAGCAGUGACCUGUUCCAGUCCACACAUAAUGUCAUAGUCAAGACCGAACAAACCGAACCUUCCAUCAUGAACACCUGGAAAGAAGAAAACUAUUUAUAUGACACCAACUAUGGUAGCACAGUAGAUUUGUUGGACAGCAAAACUUUCUGCCGGGCCCAGAUCUCCAUGACAACCCCUGGUCACCUUCCAGUUGCAGAGUCCCCUGAUAUGAAGAAGGAGCAGGACCACCCGACAAAGUCCCACACUAAAAAGCACAAUCCCCGAGGGACUCACUUAUGGGAAUUCAUCCGGGACAUCCUCUUGAACCCAGACAAGAAUCCAGGGUUAAUCAAGUGGGAAGACCGGUCUGAGGGCAUCUUCAGGUUCUUGAAAUCGGAAGCCGUGGCUCAGCUAUGGGGGAAAAAGAAAAACAACAGCAGCAUGACUUAUGAGAAACUGAGCCGAGCCAUGAGAUACUACUACAAAAGAGAAAUUCUGGAACGUGUGGAUGGACGAAGACUAGUAUAUAAAUUUGGGAAGAAUGCACGCGGGUGGAGAGAAAAUGAAAACUAAAGCUGCCAACACUUUGAACACAAGCCCCAACUCACCCCAAAUGCCAGCAAACCAAGAACUCCUGGACGUAAAUAUUUCAAAGACGACUUUUCUCUGAUAUUUAUGUACCACGAGGGGAAAAAAAUCUACUUCUAACAGGAAGAAGGAACACUACAGUUGAAAAAUUUUGUUACUUUGAAGUAUGUCCUAUAUGGGGAACAAAUGUACACAGUUUUCUGUGAACUAUGAUGCUGUAUGUGGUUGUGAUUUGUUUUGCCUCUAUUGUGAAGUUCUUUUCUGCUGCAAGAAGAGCAGGGUCUGUGGCCUUAGGCUCCUUGCUAAGAGAAAGGAAAAAAACAAAAGUCAGAGGGCAUUAAAUGUUUUCAUAUGCAUCGUGAUUUAGGAGAAGGUGAUGUGUCCUCCACACACAGCAUCCACAUGGCCUCAUCAAGAGAGAGGAGCACAGUUGCCAGAUGCCAGCUCCAGGGUCUCGACUGACCGUAGCAACCAGAGGAUGCUGGGAAUUUUACCCUGAUCUCUAGGAGCCAGUGAGUGGAAAAUGGGGACUUUCAAAAUCCAGGGUGGACUGUAAUCACUGCGUAAUCACAUGGCUUGCAAUGUUCAAAUCAGCGAGAAGAAUAAAGGUGGGGUGCUUUUUAUUCAUUCAGGAAUGAUUCACCUGAUGCCAAGUCUACUUCCCCGUUCCCUGUGGACUGUUGGUGAAAAAUUUCAGUUGCCACCUCUGCUCACAUUUGUUAUUUAAGAGAAGGUCCAGAAGGCCCCAAUGGCUUUGGAAAAAGUGGGGAAAAGAAGGUGGUGAUAAAUUUGUUCUGUAUCCCUAUGGUUUAGGGUUUCCUGAUUGGCACAGUUGACAUUUGUGACUAAUUCUUUGUUGUACAUUGUUUGGCUGUCCUGUGUAUGGUAGAAUGUUUAGCAGUGUCCAUGACUUCUAUCCACUAGAUGCCAGUAGCACUCCCACACCCAAAGUUGUGACAAUCAGAAAUGUCUCCAGAUAUUGUCAAAUGUCCCCUGGGGGCCACAAUUAUCCUUGAUUGAGAACCACUGAUUUAGCCAAUCUAGAUAUUGAUGGUGAUUUAUUCUCAGAACAAAAAGUGCUGUAAGAUCUGUUAGUCCCUAGAGUGAAGUAAAAGAAAGACUUCAAAAUCAACCUGUUUUUUCAUUUUUAUAAACAUAAGGGAGAAUGGGCUCACGGGAUUUCUUUUUAGAACCCCAGCCAGAGUUAUAUAUCUGAACACAGUAAUGUGACAAGAAUGAUGACGGAAGAUAUUUUCACUGGAGCUAGAAAGUCAACAUUAAUUGCAGAAGGAAGUGCUGGGAGAUGAGUGUGCAUGUGAGAGGGUGUGUUUGAGUGUGUGUGUGUGUGUGAAUGAGGGGUGUGAGGUGGCAAUGUGUAUGUUAAUUCUUAGAAUUUUUCCUCUUUGGAUCUUUUCCCUGUUUCAUCUGAAAUCAUCCCAAAAUGAAUGGUAUAUUGCCUAGAGGAAGGUUUUUUUUGAGAGAAAGGAAUGAAGAGAGAGAGAGAGAAGGAAAGGAAGAAAGGAAGAAUGGGGAAAAAAAAAACAAAACAGAGAAAAUCCAGGAGCUGUUGCCACUGAAGAGCUGAGACCUCUUUUCCAAUGAUGGCUUGUCUGGGGGAGCAUGUAGACUCAUCACUGAGCAUGUAGACUCAUCCCUGGGCCCUGCUAUCUCAGAGGAAUGUGGGUAGAUAUUUUGAAAAUGGGUUGAAAUGGGCAGAUCUCCCUUGCAGCUCUUCUGCCUGGCCUCCCGAGUCUUUGUCUUUCUCCUCUUUCUAUCUGGAGCAAGAACAUGGGAAUAAAGACCUGUACCAGAAAGAAACACCUACUGCAGUGUCUUAGCACCAAAGCUGAGCGUGUCAUAGUGAGAUGUUUGGAGUGUCUGUAAUAUAUCCAGAAGGCUACACGUAAAAAGAAUUAAGGAUCUGUCCUAACUAUGAAGAGAAAAAUUAUGGAUGGUAACUUUGAAGCACCAGCCUGGGGAGAGGAAUGACCUUUGGAAGGUACAAACGAGUCCAGUUUUAGUUCUGUUCGGCUUGGUUCCCUCCACAGAAGUGUUACUCAGCGUUGUCAGGUAACAGUUACUGAGGAAACCGAGAGAAAUAACAAUGACUGACAUAGAUCUUGACUAGGUAACUGAGCUAUUCCUGCAUAAAAGACACACCUUGCAAUCCAAGCAAAGUCAAAGAACUCCAGGGCCUUCCCAGCAUUUGAUGAUACUCCACACAAAGCAAAUUUAACACUCAGCUAAUUGAAUUGGGGUAAACACAUGAAUGUUUGUGUGUCUGAAUUAUGUGAAGUUACCUUGACAUCUGCUAAUUCACUCUGCUAUUCCUUCUCUGGCUUUGCCUAUUCAUCUUCUGAGUUGGCCAGCUUCUCCUUUGAGUUCCCCAAACCUAUAAGUUUCUCACAUUCCUCCCAACUGGCCUCGGCUCUUUCUAUACUCUCUUCCCUGAACAAUCACCCCUGCCAAGUAGUAUGUGGGUCUAGGGAGUACCAACUGGAACAGUUCAACAGAUAAUUAGAAGAUUGUGUUAUUUGUUGAAAGUGACAGUUUCUUGGCACUCAGUUCCUGCUUAAAUAGGGCUGGAGUAUUAAGUUCUCAGCAUAUCUUUCUAUUGUCUUGGCUUGAGUUUGAUGCAUUUUUGUGUGUGCUGUUCGUGACUUGGAGAACUACAGGUAACUGAGGCUUGCCAACUUGGGGUGUGAACAGAAUAUUUCCCACUACAGUGUUGAAAGGGAGAGAAAAUUCCAGAGGCAAGCCAGCAUGAGAUGAAGCCCCUCUUCUUCAGAGGACACCCAACUUUUCACUUGAGAAGUUGGUCUCUGCCAAAUGCAUACGUGGCCACUUCACCUGGUCUCUUUGAGCCCUCCUCCUUAAGCUAAAGGUUUGGCUUCUUAUUUGUGGUUUUCAUGGGCUCAGGAGACAAGCUAUGCAUUGCUAAGAAUUUAGUAGACUCAGACCAUUUAAGGCUCCUAGAUAUUUAACUUGAUGAAACCUGAGCAUGGGCCUGACUUCGAGGGACAUACGUUUACCUUUAUGAAACUUGCCUUCUGAUCAGGGCAGGCCCCGAUUAUGAACUGUCCUUUGAACCUGCUGGUCCUUCCUCAAAGUUCUUGCCUUGCUAGACCAGAAACUCUUUGAUAGCAGGGGCUAUAUCUUGUUCAUAUUGUUUUCCCAGUAUCUGGCAUGAAAUAGGUCCUCAAUAUUUGUUGAGUGAGAGUGAAUGUCUUUUGGAAGACUCCUCCCAAUUGGGAAGCCAUAUCUAUAAUCAGGUUGCAAACCAUUUCCUCACCAGAAUAAGAACACAACAGCCAAAACUUCAAGAACAUAUUAUCUAUUACAUGAACAUUUUACUGUGAGACUACUUUGCCUUCCUACCUGCGCUGAAAUGAAACCAAAACAGGCUGUUUGGUUCUGUAAGUCAGUAUAUGUUAGAUGAGAAUUCUGCUGCCUUAUUAGGAACUGUGAGACUUAUCUGGUAUAAGAAGCCAGUAACGAACCUUUGAUCUUUUUUAACCAAUGAAGAUUAUGAAUGUGUUUAUGUGAUG